AUGACAACACUUCAACCUUUUGAGCCUAUUGAUUUGUUCAAAGCAAAUAAUGUUAACCUUGAUAUAUUAACAGAGAACUUCCCACUCGAGUUUUAUUUUGAGUAUAUGAUAAUAUGGCCAGACCUUUUUUUCAAGAGCUUGGAAAUGACUGUUGAUCCUGAAUGCAAACAUAAUAUCUCGGGCUAUAUGAUGGCAAAAACAGAAGGUAAAACGACAGAGUGGCACACUCAUAUAACUGCAGUGACAGUGGCUCCAAGAUUUCGUCGAAUAUCGCUAGCUUCGAAGCUAUGUAACACUUUGGAGACCAUGACGGAUGUCAUGCCCCAUGAAGUCAACUUUAUCGAUCUUUUUGUCAAAUGUAAUAACCAACUUGCCAUAAAGCUUUACGAAAAACUAGGAUAUAGUGUUUUUAGAAGAGUAGUAGGAUAUUAUAAUUCAAGCAAAGAUGGGUAUCCAGACACGCUGAAGAAAGUAGAUGACAAUAAAGAUGCCUUUGAUAUGAGAAAGGCCAUGGCCAGAGACAAGAACAGAAGUGUACGGCCGGACGGAAGGAAUCAUAAAUGCUAUCCUCAUGAUGUAAGAUUUUAA